AUGUCAAGAACGGUUAGCGCCAAGGGACGGAGUCCAUUGCAGCGCCUGGUGAUGGCGUCUUCAAGCCCAAAUACGGCGUCUACAAACCCUCUAUGGGACUUCUACACUUCUGGACUCGUGGACGAGGACAAUGAAGAUUCCGGGGAUGAAGACACGGAAGAUGAAUUGGAGACACAAGACUGGAUCUUAUUCCAGCGUCAACGCGCACAGGCGCGUCUCGCUAACGCGUGUCAGCGCGAGGCCUAUGUCGUUCACACUACGAAGCGCUGA